AAUUUACAUUCGUUCAAAUACGUUGUAACAAUGUUGUUUAACUUGCUUUUUAUUUGUGUUCUUAGUACUGUUAAUGCAGAAAAAGUAAGAUAUGAUGAUUAUUCGUUAUAUAAAGUGAAUCCAGAAGAUAAUGACCAACUAGAGUUCUUGAAGCAAUUGCAAAAUUCUGAAGGAUUAGAUUUCUGGGUACCACCAGCAAGAGUUGGAGAUGACAUCAAUGUUAUUGCUGCUCCACAAAGCAAAGAUGAAUUCGAACAUUCCUUAAAAAAAAGAAAUGUAUACCACGAUGUGCUUUUUAAUAAUUUACAAGAAGUCUUCGAUAGCCAAGUUUUGAGUAGAAGAAAACGUUCUACAAGAGAUCUGUCAUGGACUAGAUAUCAAGAUAUAGAUGAUAUUUACGAAUGGUUUGAGCAACUAGCAAAUAAUUAUUCAUUUGUGUCCCUCAUUCAUGCAGGACAAUCAUUUGAAGGCAGAAACAUAACAGGAGUAAGAAUAAACCGUGGUUCUCAGAGAGCCAUUUUUGUUGAAGGUGGUCAAAUAGGAGCUGAUUGGUUGUCACCAGUUGUUACUACUUAUUUAGUAAAUCAAUUAGUACGAGGUGUAGACAGUGAAGCGCGAGAUGCUAGUUCUGAUUUCGAUUGGCAUAUUUUUCCAAUUCUUAACCCUGAUGGACAUAAAUACACACAGGAUAAGGAUAGGCUCUGGAUUAAGAAUCGUAGAAUCAACAGAAAUGGAACAAUUGGAGUUGACCUAAGUAGAAACUGGAAUUCUCUUUGGGGAGUAAGUGGUGGCAGUUUUAAUGACUCACAUAGUAACUACGUAGGUCUGGGACCUUUCUCAGAAAAAGAAUCAAGAGCGAUUUCAUACUACAUUGACUCCAUUGCACCCCGACUUAAAUUUGUUCUUUCGAUGAGAAGCUUCGGACAACGGCUGCUUUUACCCUUUGCGCAUUCCACUGAACCUUUGUAUAAUUAUAAUGAUACGAUCAUUGUAGGCAGGAGAGCUAUGGGAUCUAUGGCAGUUAAAUAUAAUACCCAAUACAUUGUUGGUACUUCAAAAGAAGUUCAUGAUGGCUCAACUGGUUCUCUGGCAGAUUGGGUAAAACAUCGUUACUCUGUGCCUUUCGUUGCCACCUACCUUCUCAGAGACAAUGGAACUUCAGGUUAUGCCUUACCUGUCAGUCAAGUUCUGCCAUCUUGCGAAGAGACCUAUGAUUCAAUUAUGGCUAUUCUUCGUGAAGCAAAAUUUAUCCGUUUGAUAUAAAAAUAUGAUCUUUCAUAUAAAGUAUUCUUAAAGAUAUAGUGUAAAAAGUUUCCAUACUAAAAUAUUUAAAAUAUUAUAUUAAAAUAUUUUGUUCAAUAGAACAUCAUAAAAUUAUGAAAAGAACUGUAUAAAAAAAUUGUUGUUUGCCAGAUAUUUAAAAUAAUAUAAGGUACAAAUAAUAAAGAUAAUAUAUAUCCUUUGAUAAGGAGUAAUUUAGAACUUAUAAGAUACUUCUAAAUUCUUUUUUACUUUAAGCUAUAAAAAGUUGAUUAUUACGAAAAUCUUUUUAUUAAUGCCGUGAAAAACAAAAAGUUACUAAAACUAUUUAAUGAAAGGGAAAAAUAUUUAGGUAUUAUCUAUAAAUGCAGAAAAAAAAAAAUCAAAUCAUCAUGUUUUUAUUUUUCCAACUGUCUUAAGUAUAACGAAAAAUGGCCAUCUGUCCAUCUGCCAAUAAAUCAUUAUACAAAACUAAUCGUUAUACAAUAUUAAAUACAACCAUAU